AUGCAGGACGAAGAAGCCUUUGCACUUGAAUGGAUUAGCACUGAUGAUAUCUCCAAAGCUCUUCGAAUUGAAGAAAUCAAUCGAGUAUUCUCUUACAAGAUGACAAAUCGCACUCUCGGGAGAGAUAAAGCUCCAAUCUAUGAAGAUGAAGAUGAUAAUGAUGUCGGUGAUGCUGAUGAUGAGAAUGAUGAUGAUGAUGAUGACGAUGGUGAUAAUAAUGAUCAGUUGGGUAAUGUAGGUGCUCAAGAAGCCGACCCUGAAGACAGUCAUACAUUCUUAAUCGGUCCUGACUAUGACACCUAUCCUCAAAGAUCUCCCUUAAGAAAACUACCCUCUGACAGUGAUGACUCAGAAGAAGUUUCAACUAACCAUCCAGAAGACCUGUCUCGUGCUAUCGUUCCACAUAUCCAACCCAUGGACGAGACUCCGAUCAUGCAAGAGAAAGCAACAGUGCGUGAGGGCAAACUGGAAGCCUCACCAAUUCUUCUUAGCUCAGCCAGUGGUGGAAAAUGGGAAGCACCACCUCAAGAUGAUCACAUGGAUACAUCGCCAACAAACAUUGAGGAAGAAUCCACUGCAGAGUCCCCACGGACUAUCAUGAACCUCAUGAGAGAAACUGUUCAUUCAGCCGAAACCAUCCAUAAACAAUAUCUUGCUCUACGAGAAACAGACACGAAAGUUAUGGAUGAUCUGUGCAAGAAGGUCAAUUUUCUGAUAGCAACACAAUCUCAACCUCGACCUCCACCUCCAGCACAGCCUCAACCGCAGCAACAAAGCCAAUCAGAUCACAAGAUCCUUGAGAGAAUGACAAAGAAACUUUAUGAUCUCGAAGCUGCCUUGAACAAAGUUGCGCGGCAACAACACGAAAUCAAACACUCUCAUUUUGGCCUCAAAUAG